AUGAACGGAAUGAUGUUGGCUUCAAUGGUUGUCCUUUCACUGCUCGUCGUCAUUGGUUCGUUUUUUUGUUUAUUUUUUCGAUUUUCAGGUUUUUUUUUAAACUGAAUUGCAAGGCUCUGAAAAAAAGAAAUACUAAAAAAAAUUUUUCAAAAAAAUUUUUGGAGAGAAUUACUUCAGCUUUUUUUAUUCAAAAAAAUCUAAAAAAAUAUACACUGAAAUAUUCUUAGUUGCAGAAUAAUAUUCUGAACGUCUCAACCUGAGGAAACGUCUAUUUUUUGAAAAACGGCUUUUUUUUGACGCCCGCCCAUAUUUUUCCGUAAAGUGUAGUGUGUAGUGUGCAUACACUGCGGCGCUCUCGCACAUACCGUGAAAUAUAUUUUUCCCUCUCUGACGGCUUUUGAGUUUUGCAGAACCACUCUGAUCAUGCUUCAAAAAUUCAAACUGAGUUUUUUUAAUUGAGACAUCGAUGGUCGUCUCAUGACCCAUUGAACAUGGGCCUUUAAUAUUCCCUGUUGCUUGAUUUUCAGGCACCUCUCAAAAGUUUCGGCUUACAUAGGGGGCGCAAAGCCCCGCCCCUUCACGCCACCAAAAUGACGAUUUUUUUGUUGCAAAAACGGUUUUGAGGCGUUUAUACUAGCUAAAGUCCCACUUUGAAAAUGAACUGUUUCUGUUAACCUAUGUAAUCGACAACGCUCUACAGGACUGAAUAUUUUUUUAAACUAUGUAUUUUUUUCAAAAAAAUAAGCGAAAAAAAGUAAGAUUUAACACGAAAAAAACUGACAAGUUUCACAAAAUCGUCGCGUUUCAGAAAAAGCAAGUGAGGAACGCUUCUAAAUUUUUAAGUAUGUUAUACAUUAACACUUUCUUUAUUUUUUUGAGUGAAAAUAAAAAAAUCUACCGACGCGAAAAAAAAUAUUAAAGCUUGUAAAGUGACAGCAAACUUUGAAGCUGAAAUGCGAAAAAAAUUUCAGCGACAUGGUAUACUUUUUUAUUUGAUUUAAAAACUAACAGUGUGUCCAAAAAAAUAAAAAAAUUCAAAACGAAAAUAAUUAUUGGGACAGCGAAUCAAAUUAUAUUUGAGUUUUUACCAAAACCUCCUUUUUUUCGCCUGCCUCGUUGACGCAUGAGAGAAUAGGAUCGCGUCUACAUUUUUUUGAUCAGGUUAUUGAGCGUUCAAAACUCUAUCAAUGAAAAAAUUAUGAAAAAAAUCGAUCGACGCGAAAAAAAUAACGGCUUUGAAAACCUCGAAAAAAUGGCAAUUUUUUUUGAAAUUUCGGAAGAUUUCGUGCAAGCAUUCGUAGCUGUGUUUGCGUCAAACACACCGAUGCGCCCUUUUAAAUGUUGCAGGAGCCGUUUUUUUCGGAGUCAAAUUGCACUUUUUUUCCUGUUUUUAUUUCGAAAUAACAUUAUUUUUUUCAUUUUUUUCUUUUUUUCCAAAUCGAAUGAUAUCAAUUUUUUUCUGCGUAGAAAAAAAGAAAAAAAUAAGCUGAAAAAAAUCCUUUGACCUUUUUUUCUAGGUUGUUUUUUUGAUAUUUUUAUCAAAAACUUCUUAUGAGGAUUGUACAAAAGAUUCAUACCAAAACAUGAGGCUCAGUUCGGACAACCUCUCAGAACAGAAAACCGAUUUAAAAACGGUCCAGAAACGCGCAAAAACAUUUAAAAAGAAAGCGUGCGGCAGCGGGUAAACCGUGAGAUUUUGCCUCCAGUUGUACGCCGCGCGCGCUCGUUUUUUGGCCAUAACUUUUUUCUUAGUGAAGCUUUUUUCAAAAACUAAACGGAUUAUGAAAAUGGACAGUCUCCUCUAUCGAACAAUGUGAAAAACAUAUUUUUUGAAUCGUUCUGAAGAAAUGGCUUGCGGUCCCUAGGCUUACAAAAAAAUCGUUUUUUUAUGAUUCUAAUUUUAAUUUAAUAAAAUCAAGUGUUAUCGAUUCGGAAUUUUUUUUAAAAAUAGAAACGAAAAAAUUCGUUAUACUUUUUCUAACAACACUCCGCUGUAACAAAUAUGAAUUCAGUGAAGAGUAUAUACUGGCAAAAUUUUAAGUGGCCACUAUAGAGGCUCUGCUUGGAGAGGACACUAAAGUGGCCACUUCAGUAGUUUUUCAUCCAGUAAUCCUUCCAGUAACUUUGAUAAGUGGAAAACAAACAGAUUCGACCAGUUAUGAUGAUCCAUUGAUCCCUCAAGUGGCUACUAGGAUUUUCAGAUGUCUAGUAGUAGCACUUAGACCCCUAAAGUGGCCACUAAUUUUUAACCCUUUUAGUGGCCACUUAUUUGACUACUACAGAGGCCACUAAACAUUUUUCCAUUGAGUUGAAAGAGGAAGUUUUUCACUACAUUUCCACCAACUUUCACUUUUUUGAUGCAGUGAUUUGUCCAAACGGAAACGAAAAAAUCGUCACUAAAAAAAAUAUUUUUAAAACGGCAUAAAAAAGUCCACGAAUUCAUUUCAAUUUUAGAAAACUUGAACCAACGUUCAAAAUAACUGAACGUUGCAAACGCGAAUACAAAUGUGAAAUACUUCAAUGCCGAAAAAUUAAAAAUAAUAGUAAGGUUUUCAAAUUCGCGCGCUGUGCAUUGCGCGUAACGGUGUAGUGCACCGUAAACAUCGAAAACGACGAAAUAUACGCCGGCGAAGUCGUGAAAAAACACCGUUUUCCAAGCUCAUCGACUUCUCCGAUUUUUGCAGCUCAGUCGAUGCCGAACUUGCCGCAGGCCUCCCAGGCAUGUUCAGUAGAAGCUCAUCUGCAGAUGCCCUGCAUUUGCUGUAAGAAGGACUGCUGGUACUCCGUCGCUGCCGUUCGUUUUCUUUUUCUUUAAAAAAAGGCCUUUCAAUCAUUUUGUUGUUCCAAAAGAUUUUGUAACCGCUUUGUAUAUCAAAUUAAGGAGCCUAGAAACACCAGAGUGACCCCUAGAGGGUUUAGGGGAAACCCAAUAGUUGACAAAAUAGUGUUCCCUAGACGAAUGAAAUUCAAGGGGUCCCUAUAGGGGUUUAGGGUCUGUUAAAAAUUAAGCGACGAAUAUUCUUCUAGAGGAGUUUGUUUUGUAAGUUUCCAAGGUGAGGUGGUUCCUGGAGGGGAAACAUAAAGAGCCUUCAGGGCUGCCCCUCUAGGGACCACUUUGGCGUCCCUCCGAACAAGGCGUUUACCAUUUUGAUACAGUAAAACACUUUUUUUCUUGUUUUUUUUUUAUCAGCUGAAAGAUAAUUUAUGAAAAAAAAUUUUCUAACAGCUCACCUUCGAAAAAUAUUUCUGAUAAGUUUAAAGGCGCAGGGCGUGGCUUGAGCCGUCAUGCUCCUUUAAUAAAAGUGAUGAGCUUUUAUCUGUAUUUUGGACUGAAAACAUUGCAAACCUCCUAGAGUUGUUAAAGGCGCAGAGUAUGGCCGAAAAAAUCGCUACGAAAAUUUUCUAAAAUUUUCUUCAUGCUCCUUUAAUAAUGCUCACCUGCUGGUCAGAAUACAGAUGGUAUAUAGCUGAUUCACGGUCAGCUUGGGACGCUAAGGGGGCGUGUCCUGUCUGCGCUCUCCACGAGUCAGGCGCUAUCUCGUGCAUUUUCGUGUCAGGACCCUUUUUCGAAGGCUCAAGCCAGCCGUGAAUCAGCUAUACAGAUAGACCUACAUCUAUUUCGUGAAUUUUAAUACUUGUGUGUGAGAAAUGAAACAUUUUGAUUUGAUUUCAAUAAAAUGAUUGAAUUGAUCUUUCUCGGUUCUUCAUAGUCUAAUCGGAUUUUUCUCGGAAUCUCAAGUACAAUUUCUUUAUUUCAAAACGGUCUCUGAUCAGUAUAGCAGCAUUAGGGGCGGAGCUUGAUCUUCACAUCCAAAAUCGGACCAGCCUAUAUUUAUUCACACAAGAAGUUCUCAGGCGGCAACCCACGAGCUCGGCCACAUGCCCGGCGAGGCCGGCGAACGAGAAGCCAUGGCGACGCUGAAGCUGAUCCGCGCGUGCAUGAUCGCCGACUGCGCGCCCAUCUGCUCCCAGUCGCCCCUGUAG